CGCGGUAGUGAAGGAAGCGAGAGUAUUUGGAACAGCCAAGCUCAGCUGUUGUUUUAAGUGCAUUGAGGUGUAAAAGCCUUUGUGGUCGGUAAUUCGGUCAUGACGUCGUACAGGUAAUCUGACGACCGAGGCCGAGUUAAUUAGCAGUGAUAGACAGAACAGGAUGUGUAGAUGGGGCUGUACCACGACCAACACCACUUACAUGUGUAAGUGGUGCGGCACUAGGUACUGUAAGGAGUGUCUCCAUGGUGAUUUUGUCGGCGAGAUGAAGGAGCCAACAAAGUGUAGAAUAUGUAACCAGAUUCGAUGUCAAGGGGUUCGGGUUGAAUAUGUCCCCAAUCAAAAUAAACCAGAAGACGCUGACAAUAAGCGCGGGAAAUCGGCUCCUGCUGGAAGAGGGCGUUCCCCAGCGAAAAGUGCCAGGCCUACAAAGUCGGCAAAGGGAUCGAAAAGUGCUAAAGGAAAGAAAUCAGGGAAAAAGGCAGGAAAGAAGAAAAAGAAGAAGUAGUGGGAAUUUACAUGCAUUAACUGCCGAAUGUUUUACAUAGAUAUUUAGUGUAGCAUCCUCUCUGGCCCCGGAGAUGUACAGGACAUUAGACUGAUAAUACCCAAUAUGACUAAUAGUUAAUAGAGAAGUUUCGGAAACAGCUGGAUCCUUGGAAUGGCUGGGAGAUAAUUUUGAUACCGGACAACAAACCUAAAAUGCCAUCGCUACCAUGCAUUUUACUGUCUCAGAGCUCAGGAAUAUGAAAUCGUCUUAAUAUGUGCUCAAACUGUAUUAAGGUGUCAGCUAGCCCGAGUUUCUCUGGCCCUGACACUAUGUCUGGUGUCAAGACCAAGGGUAUCAGCAUGGACUAACUGUAUAUUAAAUAAUGUAUUUUAUUUUUAAGUUUUAUUUGAAACUAUUUCUGUCACUUUACAUUGGAACAGCGAAUUUUAAAAAUAUUGAAUAUCUGAUCACUGGUAUACAUAUUUGAUCGCUAAUAUAAAUAUUUGGUCGCCUUUGAUCGCGAGUAUAUAUAUAUUAUCACCUGUAUUUUGAUCGCAUUUGAUCGCUGGUAUGAUAUAUGUAAUCAUCGGUAUGUUUGAUCAUUGGGAUGAAUAUUUGGUCAUUGGAAUGAAUAUUUGAUCAUUGGGAUGAACAGAAUAUUCGAUCACUGUUUUGAAUAUUUACAUUGUUUUAUGAUUAAACAAGUGUCAAUAGUAGAAUUAUUAUCAUGUGAAUGUAUACUUUUCAUUCCAUAUGAAUAUGACAUUUAUUUUGCCGAUUAAUUGUAUUUACGAGUCCUGGCCUAUUUACCAGUCUUGGCCUAUUUACUUGUAUUGGUAUAUUUCCUGUCAUGGCCUAUUUACCAGCCUUGGCCUAUUUACAUACAUUGGCCUAUUUACAUACAUUGGCCUAUUUACCUGUCAUGGCCUAUUCUAUUUACCAGUCUUGGCCUAUUUACCUGUCUUGGUCUAUUUACCUGUCUUGGUCUAUUGACUUACCUUGGCCUAUUUACCAGUCUUGGCCUAUUUACUUGUGUUGGCCUGUUUACCUGUCUUGGCCUAUUCUAUUUACCAGUCUUGGCCUAUUUACCAGUCUUGGCCUCUUUACCUGUCUUGGUCUAUUUACCAGUCUUGGUCUUUUUAACAGUCUUUGUCUAUUUACCUGUCUUGGUCUAUUUACCAGUCUUGGCCUAUUUACCAGUCUUGGCCUAUUUACUUGUGUUGGCCUGUUUACCUGUCUUGGCCUAUUCUAUUUACCUGUCUUGGUCUAUUUACCAGUCUUGGCCCAUUUACCUGUCUUGGUCUAUUUACCAGUCUUGGCCUAUUUACCAGUCUUGGCCUAUUUACUUGUGUUGGCCUGUUUACCUGUCUUGGCCUAUUCUAUUUACCAGUCUUGGCCUAUUUACCAGUCUUGGCCUCUUUACCUGUCUUGGUCUAUUUACCAGUCUUGGUCUUUUUAACAGUCUUUGUCUAUUUACCAGUCUUGGUCUUUUUAACAGUCUUUGUCUAUUUACCAGUCUUGGUCUGUUUACUUGUGUUGGCCUGUUUACCUGUCUUGGCCUAUUCUAUUUACCUGUCUUGGUCUAUUUACCAGUCUUGGUCUUUUUAACAGUCUUUGUCUAUUUACCAGUCUUGGUCUGUUUACCUGUCCUGGCCUUUUUACCUGUCUUUGUCUAUUUACCUGUCUUGGCCUAUUCUAUUUACCUGUCUUUGUCUAUUUACCUGUCUUGGCCUAUUUACCUGUCUUGGCCUAUUUACAUGUCUUGGCCUAAAGCCUAUUCUUUAAAAAAGAUGCCUUUUGCCACGUCAGUUUUACCGUGAUACAUUUGAAAUUUACUUGUGUAAUUAUCAUAUUUUGUUAAUAAAUCUUUAUAUAUGUAUUUUUUACUCGUUAAUAAUUUUGAUGAUGGUCCUUUUUUGUCCCGAUUUGAAUUGUAUACAUAGAUUAACAUGUUCGAGUCUGGUAGCUGUUCAGGGUAACGAGGGAGUAGACUAACGAAUGUGAAAAAUGGAUGAAAUAUCCCACAAUUGCUUAUUAAUAAUUUAUAAUAUGUAAUAUAGACUUGUUAUUUCGUGGUGAGAUAAAUAACACCUGUUACCGCCUGUUUUCCUAAUAAAUCUAGUAGCUGUUAA